AUGGGGGUGGGGAGGAAGGUGUUUGCUUUCAUGGAGGAUAGUCUCAAAUCCAGACGGACUGAGGGAGGUCACUCCAAACGCAAAGGGCUGCGCGAAUACUUCGGCCAGUUCGGGCAUGUGAAGGAGUGUCUGGUGAUGCGGGACCCCCUGACCAAGAGAUCCAGGGGUUUCGGCUUCGUCACUUUCAUGGACCAGGCGGGGGUGGAUAAAGUGCUGGCGCAAUCGCGGCACGAGCUCGACUCCAAAACAAUUGAUCCCAAGGUGGCCUUCCCUCGGCGAGCACAGCCUAAGAUGGUGACUCGAACGAAGAAGAUCUUUGUGGGGGGGCUGUCAGUGAACACCACGGUGGACGAUGUGAAGCAGUAUUUUGAGCAGUUCGGGAAGGUGGAUGAUGCCAUGUUGAUGUUUGACAAAACCACCAACCGGCACCGAGGGUUCGGCUUUGUCACGUUUGAGAGCGAGGACAUUGUGGAGAAAGUGUGUGAGAUCCACUUCCAUGAAAUCAACAACAAAAUGGUGGAAUGUAAGAAAGCGCAGCCAAAGGAAGUGAUGUCGCCAACAGGCUCAGCCCGAGGGAGGUCUCGAGUCAUGCCCUAUGGGAUGGACGCCUUCAUGCUGGGCAUUGGCAUGCUGGGUUACCCGGGUUUCCAAGCCACGACCUACGCCAGCCGGAGUUACACAGGCCUCGCCCCCGGCUACACCUAUCAGUUCCCCGAAUUCCGUGUAGAGCGGACCCCUCUCCCGAGCGCCCCAGUCCUCCCCGAGCUUACAGCCAUUCCUCUUACUGCUUAUGGACCAAUGGCAGCAGCGGCAGCAGCGGCGGCUGUGGUUCGAGGGACAGGUUCGACUCCCAGCCGCACAGGGGGCUUCCUGGGGACCACCAGCCCCGGCCCCAUGGCCGAGCUCUACGGGGCGGCCAACCAGGACUCGGGGGUCAGCAGUUACAUCAGCGCCGCCAGCCCCGCCCCCAGUACCGGCUUUGGCCACAGUCUUGGGGGCCCCUUGAUUGCCACAGCCUUCACCAAUGGGUACCACUGAAACAGGGGACCAAUGGCAGGAGCACCCCAACCUGCAGCUGACUGAGGACCACGAGUGAGCCAGCGAGGGGGCGGGACACCUCAGCCGCAGCCUCCGCCCCCCCCCCCCGCAGCGACUCGGACCCUGCUACUGCCCCCCCUACUCCUCGGGCCUGGCCCCUGCCCUGCUGUCCUGCCAUCCACUGGUUCCCCUACUAACCUCCCCAUCUUCCGCCCUUAUCCCCCUCCCGACCUCCCCACUCCCUGCCCGC